GCAUAUAGAUAUCAAGAUUUCUCACAUAUAAAUCAAAAUUUCCGUCCGCAUAUAGAUAUCAAGAUUUCUCACAUAUAAAUCAAAAUUUCCGUCCGCAUAUAGAUAUCAAGAUUAUCGAAUACAAAUCAAGAUUUCCGCAUAUGAAUAACAAUAUCAUUAGAUCAAAAGUUCAACAUCUGACAAAAAAAUCUAAAGUCACACGGUUUUCACGAGACCACCCCUUCAAAACUAAAUAUGAUAUAUAUUGAAACUAACCGAUUCGCAAGUAAAACAUACGAGUAUAAAUAACACUCUGUAUACCUUUUCUACUGUUUAUUCAGAAAUGAAAGUGAACAUUAAAACGUUAAAAUGUAAUAUUAUUUGGAAGUUUUUAUCUCUCACUUCAACUCACCGUGGUUAUUAUUAUUAUUCAUUUAUAAAGCGCAAAACUACAUAUACUUUCUAUGCGCUGGUUGUUGUUUUUUUUUUCCACUAGAGCGUGAUCGAUGUAGAUCGAUGACAGAAACGUACGGGAGUUUUUAACCCCCCCCCCUUCCGUGUUUGGCAUUAAUAAAAAGUAUUAAAGAGAGCAAUGAUUAUUAAACAUAGAGACUUGAACAAGUCUAUAUAUAUCCUAGAAAAAACCAAAACUGAUUUUUUUUACUGUGUUCAAAUUUUUCAGAGGUCAUAUUCAUAAGAAUUGCAAGCCUUAUUUCAUGGGAUGGUUACCUGUAAAAUGCGAAACGAAAUCGAAAGGAAACGAAAUCUACCGAAGCAAAACGAAACCUACCGAAACGGGUACCCUUAUUUCAUACGACAUGCCUGCUGUUGUAGGCACGGUGAAAUAAAUACAAUUUUGAAAGGACCAGGUGUUUUAAAGAGGUUAAUGGCAUCGGUGGCAAUAAAUCUUACCCAGAAUAUCGUGGGAAAGAAAGACGUUUUUGUGGAAUAUACAUCAAAUUUUACGAUAGUUACGGCCUAUUGGAAUCUUGGAACAUUUCAGAAAGGUGCUGGUGGCAACUUGCAUUUCUCAACGAACACGUACUUCGCUUGGGCAAAAACAUUUAAGUAUUUGAUAAAUCCUCUAGUGGUUUACACCGACUCAAAAGAAUUCAAAAACCUAAUGGAAAAACUACGAGCUGACCAUAUAAACACAACAAAAAUAUAUUUUAUGAAUCGGACUGAGUUAUGGCCCUUUCAGCUGAUUGAUCAGAUACAAACUGUGUAUGAUUUACCUGGUUAUCCUAAAUUUCACCCCAAUACAGUAAAUCCAGGAUAUGCCGCUGCCCAACAUACCAAAUACGCCGUUACAGCGGACACGGUGCGCAGAAAAGUGUUCCGUGCACCUUUUUAUGCUUGGCUGGAUAUUGGAUAUUUUAGAGAUAUUGUGAAUAGAAAUGUGUCAUUUGAAUUGAAUAUACCAACGGGUUUUGACCCGAAAAGAUUAGCUGUUAAUCGAAUUGACACUCUGUCAAUGAACAUAGACCCCAUCAGUAUAUUUCGAAACAAUAUUGUUUGGGUCGGUGGUGGAAUGUUCAUUGGAAGUGAAACAGUAAUUCUGGAGUUUGAACAAUUAUAUCGCAAAGCGGUAUUGUACUUUCUUAGAGAAAAAUUAUCGAAUUCCGACCAGCAAGUGUUGUAUUCUUUAUAUAGUAAAAAGGGCAGAGAAGCCUUGGAUCCCCACAUAGAACUUCAAUUAUAUAAUCCAAAGGGGGCUGGAAAUCCGUGGUUUUAUUUAGGAUAUUUAUGUCGAAAAGAAAUUCCUAGACAAAAGCCAUAAGAGAGAGAGCAAAUGCUUGCAUCAAUAUUUCAAUGUAUGUUCAACUAAAUAGAUACAAUGGCGGAUACUUCAUUUCAAAUCAUAGACAGUGAUACUAUUUUCAUUCCAGCUCAAUACCUUUGGAUCAAAGGAACAUUAGGAAUCAAAUUUUAUCCGAAGCCUGUCGUCUUUGACCUUGUCGCUAACUUUUUCUAUUUUGGACGUAUCCGCUAGAACAAUUCUGUAAUUUUAAGAAACUAUGCAUUCUUGAGUGAAUGAAAUCCCCUUUUUUAUUUUUCUUAGUUUUGUUUUGGUUUGAUGUUUUUAUUUAUGUAUUUUAGAUGAAAGAGCAAUUGUUCUUCAAAACCAUGGCUCCAGUGAUCUGGAUUGGGACACAUAGGAAUAUAUGAUUAUAUGUAGGGAUUUUUUUUUACAUUAGUAUUUUUAAAAUAUCUUCAGAGAAAAAACGUUAACUGUUCCUCAAAUUACUUUGAAGGAUAUUCACGUUUUCUUCGCAGACGGGGUUUCAUCUUAGUCAGCAUUUCGCAAAUUCUAUGGUCGUUAUAACGAUCUAGUUCGUCAAUACAACCUCGCAUUGGGUCAAAUGCUGUCUGACGUGUUUCAUACCGAUUGUUAAGCCGUUCUUGGCACACUGAUUUGACUGCGGAUAACUCCGUUUACCUGAUCAUGAUAUGGGGCUCACGGCGGGUGUGACCGGUCAACAGGGGAUGCUUACUCCUCCUAGGCACCUGAACCCACCUCUGGUGUGUCCAGGGGUCCGUGUUUGCCCAACUAUCUAUUUUGUAUUGCUUGUAGGAGUUAUGAGAUUGAUCACUGUUCGUUAUCUUCACCUUACAAUCAACCUACAUGUAAGACUUACUUGUAAUAGCGGGGUAUGUAAGCAUUCCUAAAACAUAAUGCGAUUCAAUUUUCCUUCAUGACCCUCGCGGUCAAAAUGGAGCAACAUUAGGAUUCAGUUUUACUUCAGAAAUAAAUUUUAUUUUUCGAAAAUGCAUGAGGCAUGAACUGGGACGUUUCAUGCCGGCCUACUUCGUGAAUAAACAUCAUUACAAACAA